CCUUUUUACACACUUUAUUACAUAAUUACCCUCACACGCCUAUUACUACAUUUCUACUUACAAACUUAUUUUUAUUACACAUUUACCACUUACUCAUCAUACCAUGCAUACACGUGUGCUCUCCCCAUGCAUCAUCAAUCAAAUCAUACUCUCUUCCCUCUCUUUUUUCAUUUUGUUUUCAUUUCAUUUUCUAUUCUUCAUUUCUGUUCUCUAAGUUCAUUUUGAAUUCAAGUAACCUCCAUUAACCACCCAUAAUUUAUCACGUUUUUCCCUCUUAUUUUUGGUUCAUCCACGAAUUUUCAACUUCCUCUUAGCCCACGAUUUAGCAACUGUUUUUCCCUCUCUGUUUCAUUUUUUUUCAAUCUUAUUUAUACCAUGGCAAUCACUCGGUCAUCUUCAUCCCCUUCUCCAGUUCUCAAAAAGAAAUCAAAAAUGGGCAAGAAAUCUUUGGCCAACAAAUCCAAGGGUAAACGCCCAAUCAUUGAUGAUUUUGAUUCUGAUUUUGAAGCUCCCAUGCCGAAGCGUGUGAGACCCCAUUCUUCGAAGAAAUCGAAGCUGAACUUGGAGGAGCCCACGCUUCCAGAAAUUUCUGGGAAAAAAUUUCAAAAAUCUAUUACACAUGCUGAAGAUCGGACUGAGGUUUGGGACUGUAAAUUUAGUCCUUCUGAUUUUUACAGAUCUAAGUGUGUAUGCACCAGUGUUUAUUCUGUGAUAAAUAAUAUUAAAAACACUUUAUCUGUUAAUUUGCUUUCUUUGUUUCGUCAAACUCAGUUUGGGCAUUUUCUGGAUAUGCCUGAGUUUGUUUUUCAUCCACAAGUCGUUCAUAGUUUAUUACUAAGGGAAGUUUUACAGCCUAAUCCUAAGGAGUUUUGGGCUAAGGUUGCUGGCCGUUGCAUACGGUUUAGUGCCGAAGAAUUUUACCUGAUUUCUGGUUUAGAUUGUUUCGGUGAUUGCAACAAGUUGUUGUUUUCACAGGAAACAAAUCAAUUGGUAGAAACAUGUUUCCGUGGUGUAAAAACUAUUGACAACAAAGCCAUCGAGGAUGCUUUUUUGGGUAGUCGGUGGGGUUUGGAUGAGUCUAUUGGUUUGAAAAUGGCUGUUUUGUAUUUCAUUCAGUGUUUUCUUCUUAGCAAUACUCCUGACAAAGAAGUGUCUAGGUUUGUUCUAGAUGUAGUUGAUAGCGGUCGGUGGGAUGAGUAUUGUUGGGGUAGGGAAUCAUUUGAAUUGACAAUUGACUCAUUCAAAGGUAGGAUUGAGCAUGGGAUCAUUAUGAAAAAUAGAAAGGCAGAGAAGGGAGGCCAAUAUGAUGGCUGGUAUAGGGCAUUGGGAUGUCCUUGGGUUUUCACUGUUUGGUUUUAUGAAUGCUGUCCUGCAAUGGUGAACUCUUUCUGUAAGAGAGUUUCAUCUUCUAUUCCCAGGAUUCUGAACUGGAGCAACACCAUCGUCACCAAAAAUCCAACCCUUCGAGACUUGAAGGGCAAGAUUUUUGAUUUACCUUUGGAGAAGUUGAAGAUAAAAAACAUGCGUCCUACUGAUGAAGAGAGGCAGCAGCUUCAACUUGACGGUCUAUUUAUCGAUGAAUCUAUUGAUGAACGUGGUGUAGCGAAGCAAUCCUUCGAGGGUGGGUCAUCUUCAAAGAAGUCUGAUUCAGCAGAUAUUGAUUGGAUGAAAUCUAAGCUGGAGAUGCUCAUUUCGAAUCAAUCAUCAUUGGCCGAGGACUUCAUUUCGUUGAGGUGUUUUGUUGAUUUUAAUUUCAAAUCCGUAAUGACUGUAAUUAAGGAUAUCCAAGAGAAGGUUAAUGCCAUUCAUCGUCGUCCUUCUGACGAGGGAAAGUCAUCGGAUGAAUUAGUAACUCAAGAUUCUGAUGAUGAUGCUGAUGAUGAUGAUGAUGAUGAUGAUGAUGAUGCCGAGGAUGAUGAGAAGCAAUUGCCUGAUCCAGAAAAUAUUGAUUCCGACUCCGACGAUGGUGGUGAGUUGGUUAAAGUUGGUGGGGAUGCUGAUGAUGCUGACAAGGCUGUUACUGCUGUUCCUUCUGCUGAUGUGAAUCCUUCUGAGGAUGUUGGAGGGAGUGAUAAAAAUGUUAAGGAUGUUGAGAAGCCGAAGGGCGAUGAGUCUCGAUUGAAGGGGGACGAUUUCUUUGAUGGGUUGAGCCAGCUUGUAAUAGAUGAUGAUCAAGUUGUGUUGGCUGGCUUGGAGGUUGUUGCUAAAAUCAAUGUCCCCGCACCCAAUCCAGAUGUUGUUGGUGAAAAGUCAGAUGCCCUUCAUACUGAUGAAGAAACUGAGGAUACUGUCUCUGAUACACCUCUGUUGGAUAAGAGGAAGCGUGCUCCGGCCUUGAAAUCUCCAUUUGUUGAUUUCGGGUCUGCUGAUGUCGGGAGCACUCCAAUGGAGCUUAUGUCCUCAGGUUCUCAAUCAGCUGGGGAUGAUAGGGAUUUCAAAAUGGUGACUUAUGUGAAGGGCCUUUAUGCUCUUAAUGAUGCUUUUGCUGAUCCCGUAUCUACCGAGAUUGAGGCAAAAUUUGACUCUUGGAUUGGUGAAGGAUUGCUUAAACAUCCUGUGUGA